AGCCGUCCUGCACGAGGUCUGUGUGUUCGUCGACCUGCUGCCGAAGAAGUUGUACGUAUCGCGGUUGGUGAGCGCUCAAGACGAACGUGAUUUUGACGAACGAACAACCCCCUACACGAGGGCUGUACGCUGUACUCGAGACGACCCUGCAUACCGGUUCUGGUCCUUCGAGAAGGAAGUGCUUUGUUAAAGGAUUCUGAACAUGACUAGUGGAUUGUGUGAAUAAGGUGUACUUUCAUUAGUUGGUGUGUAGUGCGAUUUUUUUCAGUUUGGAUUAUUGAUUUUAUUAUAAACGAUGGGUGGCUUAAGAUGUGUAGACGAUCUACUCAACCGAGCCUUCUACAAACUAGGAUCAUUCGUAGGAAGACAUCCAGGAUAUUUUAUAAUUGUGCCAGUUCUUCUCACACUCCUUGGAAUAACAGGAGUGCAACAGAUGCGAAACAAUAUAGAUCCUGAAUAUCUGUUCAGUCCCAUAAAUGGUCCAGGAAAAUACGAAAGAGCUGUGGCUGAAGAGUUCUUUAAAGUUAACUAUACCAGCCGAUUCAAUGUUGCAAGGAUUACGAGAGCAGGACGUUUUGGAAGAGUCAUCGUCACUUCGAAGGAUGGAAUUAGGAACAUGUUGAGAGCAGAAAUUUGGAAGGAACUCCGGCUCCUGGAUGAACUCAUCCAAAACAUGACUAUUUCCUACAACGAUGACUACUUCACUUACAAGGACAUAUGUGCUAGAUGGCAGACAGAAUGUUUCCAAAAUGACAUUUUGAAUCUGGAUUACAUUAUAGAAGAUGUGGAAACAGGUGCUCUAAACUUGACCUUCCCGCUUAUGUUCAAUCCAGUAACUUGGGAUGCACAUGCCUUCCCAGUUUUCUUUGGGGGUACUGAAGUCAGCGAAGAUGGCAUCAUUAUAAGUGUGCCCUCUGUUCAACUUGUAUAUUUCGCAAAUGCAGACUCCAAGAAAUAUCAGAAAAUGGGAGCAGCUUGGGAAGAUGCCUUCCUUGAUUUGAUCGAGGAAAAACAAGACAAGUUGAAUAUAUUCGAGCAUAUUAGAAUUGCUAGGUUUGCGUCAAGAACCCUCGAUCACGAAUUAGAGAAAAAUACGAAAUCUGUAGUACCAUAUUUCACUUCCACUUUCGCUAUUAUGGCGAUAUUCUCAGUAGUAACUUGCAUGAUGACUGAUUGGGUGCGAUCCAAACCUUGGCUUGGUCUUCUUGGAAACUUGAGUGCUGCCAUGGCAACGCUAUGCGGCUUUGGAAUCUGUAUGUAUGCAGGAGUAGACUUCAUUGGGAUAAACUUGGCUGCUCCCUUUUUAAUGAUAGGUAUUGGUAUUGAUGACACUUUCGUCAUGUUGGCGGCUUGGAGAAGAACAUCUAUGAAACACAGUGUACCAGAAAGAAUGGCCCAGAUGAUGAGUGAGGCUGCUGUGUCAAUAACGAUUACAUCAGUCACCGAUUUCUUCAGUUUUGGAAUUGGUAUUCUCAGUCCAUUUCCAUCUGUGACAAUUUUCUGCAUCUACUCAGGUGCUGCCACCUGCCUGCUCUUCAUCUGGCACAUCACCUUCUUCGCUGCAUGCGUAGCCAUCUCUGGUUAUGCAGAAGAGAAAAACCUACAUUCAGUGAUUUGUAUUCCUGUCCAACCUGUGUCAAAGUCCCAGAACAGAUGGUGGAUCUACCACCUCUUCUGCAGCGGUGGCGUGGAUCAUGAUGACAUAGACAACCCUCUAGAUAACACUGAAAAUGGAAUUAUGGUUUUCUUCAGAGAUUACUUCGCCAAUUUCCUGAACAACGGAUGCAUCAAAUUCCUUGUAAUCCUUGUAUUUAUUGGUUAUCUCGUUGGUGCGGGAUAUGGUGUGACACAAAUCCAGGAAGGGUUAGAAAGGAGAAAGGUCGCUAAGAAUGAUUCUUAUGCCAUCGAGUUUUUCGACAGAGAAGAUGAUUAUUACAGGGAAUUUCCGUAUAGAAUGCAAGUGAUAGUAGCUGGCACGUACGAUUACUCCAAUAAAACUAUACAAGACGAAGUCGAAAAACUGACUCAAACUUUAGAAAACACUUCCUAUGUCUCCAACCAACUUUAUACUGAAUCCUGGCUCAGAAGUUUUCUCCAGUAUGCUGAGAGAAAUCAAGAGUACUUAAACUUCACGAUCGAUACUAAAGACGACUUCAACCGAGUUUUAAAGGAGUUAUGGUUGCCUCCUACCAGUCCGUUUUCUUUGGAUGUUAAAUUUGACGAAUCUGGAAACAAUAUCGUAGCCAUGAGAUUUUUGGUGCAAGCAGUCAACAUAUCAGGGACGGAACAUGAGAAAGAAAUGGUGGGAGCUUUGAGACAAAUCUGCAGAGAAUCUUCGUUGAAUGCUACUAUAUUCCAUCCAUAUUUCGUGUUCUUCGAUCAGUUUGAACUUGUACGUCCUCAAUCCAUUCAGAACAUGCUUAUUGGAGGAGUAAUCAUGAUGAUAGUCUCGUUCAUCUUCAUCCCCAACUUCUUAUGUUCCUUCUGGGUCGCCAUAAGCAUAGUAUCAAUCGAAACCGGUGUGAUAGGCUACAUGGCACUCUGGGGAGUCAAUUUGGACUCAAUUUCGAUGAUCAACCUCAUAAUGUGCAUCGGAUUCAGCGUGGACUUCACUGCUCACAUUUGUUAUGCUUACAUGAGCUCAAAGGCUGAAUCUCCAGACGAAAGAGUUAGAGAAUGUCUUUACGCUUUAGGACUUCCAAUAUUGCAAGGAUCCAUCAGUACAAUAUUGGGGAUGAUGGCCUUGAUCCUCGCCAAUAACUACAUAUUCGCUGUUUUCUUCAAAAUGGUAUUUCUGGUUGUUUUCUUCGGAGCAAUGCAUGGAUUAUUCCUCCUGCCUGUUCUACUCUCUUUGUUUGGACCAGGCUCUUGCUCCUCCAGAAGAGUUCCAGCAGAAGAAGACAUCAAAAUGUCCAACGUGGAAAAAACUUUACCCCGACCCUACUGCAUACCUCAUCCGCAACUCAAACUAAACUCUGGAAAUUUAGGUAAUACUCUGAGAAGUCAGAACAUAACAACUCUGGAAAAGUAUGGCAGUACCAACUUGAAACCCUUCAACGUUGAGAAGGAUUUAGGUCUCGGUACUUCUGAAGAAAACUCGAGUGAAUCGAGUUCAAAUCAUUCAAACAAAAAACCAGUGCUUGAUAAAGAAUCUCUGGAUAAAAAAUACCAGGAAUCGUGGAAAAAUACUCCAGAAAUGUCGUCUAGUCAAUUUCAUACGUCACAGGUUUUAGACAUUUUUGGUACAGAAUCGGAGCAAGAGUAUUACAGAAGGAGGGGAAUUACUGAUGGUAAUAGAAUGCGAUUUCACGAGGUUCCUAGUAGGGAAGAAACCAACAGAAGGCAAGUGAAUGGUCAAAGAAGAAGGUAUUCUCCUCCAGAAUCUUGGUACUACCCACACCCUCCACAACCUCAAGAAGCGUCUAACAGUAGGGAAAGAGCUUUAGCAAGAUCAAACUCCUAUCACAAUAUGUUGCAUCCGAGAUAUCUUCAGGAGUUCCAAUACCAAUGAUUGUAUUAAAUUAAGAAAUAAUUCAACCACUCGAUAUUUUUUUGGCAUAUUCCAAGUUGGAAAAAGUAAUCAUCUUAUAUACAUUCGUUACACAAUAAUCAAAAUACUUUUCUAUAUUUAAAUUUAGAUACUUUGUUAAAUCGAUAUAAAACCUGAAAUGUUCACAGGUUGUUUGGUUUUUCUCAGGAAAUUUUCACUUCCUCACUUUUUUCUAGUGAAUAUGCACAUGUAUCAAUAUGUAAUUGUAACUCUAAAAUUGUGUAUCUUCCUGUAGGGAGUAAAAAAAACACUGAGGAAAGAUUUAAAAGUAUUAAGUUCGGUGUAAAAACAUAUAUUGAAAUCUAUUCAUAAAAGAGGAAUUUCCGAAUAUUAUUGCAUGACAGAAAUAUCAAAAACCAGUAGGCGUUUAUAGAAAACACUGCAUAUGGAAGUUGUUGAAUAUUUUAUAGUUUGAAAUUGACUAAUUUGUACAUUCAGAAUUCGAGGGAUUUUAAUUACUCAUAUCUUAAAGAUUUGAAUAACAAAAAAUUCAUAGACAAUCGUUCUUGACAAUGAACAUAUUUCGAGUUAUGUACAGAGUUUAAGUGUGAUAUUUUAAAAUAACAAAGGGUUUAUAUUGAGUAUUCCGAUCAAAUUUAAGUUAAGGGUGAUGACUGAUGAUUUAGGGUCGACAUUAAAAAGUUUGAAAUUUGUGACCCAGUAAUGUAAUGCUCAAUAUUUUCACAUUUAUCGUCUUAGAAAGUAAGUUGUAAAUAGUGAUUGGAAUAUAACUUUUGUAAAAUAUUUUUACUGAGAAAAAUAAAAAAUAUUUUCCUUAAAA